AUGGACGACCAAUUCGGCGGCCGAACCGACGACGACCUGUUCGCCGACGACAUCGAGCCCGUCGACGAGGCGCUUGCCGUGCCAGUUGUUAUCAGCGACACUCCAAGUCCAGCGCCUGCAGUGACGCCGGCUCGGGAUGCGCAGACGAACGAGCAGACAGAAAAGCAAGCUGCAAUGGCGCAGGAAGAGAAACCGGCAGCGCCGGCAAAGUCGUUAGCCCACUCGCGACAUAACCCCCGUGGAAGAGGAGGAGGGGCAGAGAAGCCUCCUCGUUCGACCAACCACUCCAAGCACAACAACAAAAGCCACAAAUCUACUCACAAUAACAACACAGACAAUGGCAAUUCAACCACCGAUUCCUCAACAACACCGACUCCAUCUUCAUCCACCCCAAAACCAAAGCGCUCCAGCACAGGCCAAAACACCUCCUCCGUUUCUAGCUCAACGCGACUCACCUCCGGCGCGAAUCCCCGUCCCAAACUCACCGAAGCCGAGCUCACAGCCCGCAUUGAAAAAAUGCGUCUCCUUGCUGCCGAGAAGGAGCGCCGCUUCGAGCAGGCGCAGCGUGAUGAGAGUGAGCACCAGGCUGCGAUCGCGAAGAGUAUUGAAGAGGAUCUCAAGAGAAGGAAGGCUGCUGAAGAGAGGAGGAAGAGGGAAGAAGAGGAGAGGAAGAGACUUGAGGAGGAAAGAGAACGCAACAGGGAGAGGAAAUUGAGGGUUUUGAAGGAGAGGGGAGGUUGGACGGGGGAGAGUCACGACGAGCCGGAUAGGGGAUUUAGGAGCGCGGCUGGGGGGGUAAAGGGGUAUAAAGGGAUGGGAGCAAGCAGAUUUGCUGCGGAGUCUAAUGAUCAAGAAGACGGAGAUAGCUUUGGCCGAGGAGGGAUGUCAGGCCGAGGAAGGGGAGGGCGUGGCCGCGGAGGGGGUCGCGGCGGUCGCACCCUCUUUGAAGCAUACCCUGAACGAGAACGUGAGAGGGAAGAAAGGCGGCACUGGCGCGACCGGGGGCAAACCCAGUGCGAGAGUGCUGCUGACCAGAAGAUGGAUCAGAAGGAUAAGAACCCCGAACUUAAGCCGGAAGACUUCCCUGCUUUGCCAUCGACCUCAGGAGUACCUAAGAAACUUGAGGUGACGUGGCCUGCGAAACCAAGCCCAGGGAAAGCGACGAGUAUGGCGGAUAUCCCGCUGUCGCCGCCGGUUGGGAAGUGGGAUGAUGAGGUCGCUGCUGCUGCGGAGGUUUAUUCUGGGACCUAG